CCGAGCUGGAACUAAGGCUAGGAGUAAGGCAGUUUGAGCUAGUACCUCCGGAAUGGCCGCUUUUAAACACUUCUCCUACCUUUCCUACACUUGGCAACAUUGAAAUUUGAGGUUUAGCUCAGAGUUAUUUCGUACCAGUUUUUAGUGAUAGAAUUAGAGGAUUAUUAGCAGCCUUUCGAGUUACUUAGCUCAGUAUGGUAACUAUAUACAUAGCGAACAGAUAGAUUCAUGUUGCUUUCUUGUGUUUGUGACUAUCUGUAUCUACCUUGUUAGGCUGCACUUGGAUUGAAAAGUGGGGGAAGGGGAGAUAUUGUGGAAAAUUCUUUUACACGUUUUCAACACCCAUUUGUCUGGGUCUUGUGGGUGUUACCAUAAUAACGCUACAGUACUAAGGCGUUAACAGUGGCUGGUUUGGAUCUGUUCUGAGAAGGGCUGCAGAAGACAAUGAUAAACCCAUGAGUGGUUAUUUUGCUUAAGAAAAUAAUGCCUGGGAGGAGACACAAUACUGUCUUUCCCCUAGUGAUCACUAUAUUGUCAAUCCCUAUGGGGAAAUUCAUUAUAUUACCUUUAGCCUGCUAAGGCAACCAUUACUUUUAUUAUUAUUUUGUCCCUAAGGCAAGACAUUGUCUUGUAUAAAACACCUUAAAAAAAAAAAAAAAGGUAAUUUCUAUUUUUUAUGGAUAAAUUAGGCUUAACAAAAUGCACUCAGAAGCCUCCCUUUUCUAACAUGGUGUAUUUUUAAGCUAGAUAGAUAAGAUCAUAAAAAUAACACAUUUUCACACAAGGUUUUUCUUUUUGUUUAUUUUCUUUAGCAUUAAAACUCCCUAGAAAGUUCAUGCUCCUCAUAGCAAAGUUGGCAGCUUUCCCUGGUUUGAGAGAUGUGAGUCUUGCAUGUUUCUCAAGCUGUUUAUUCAUUCCUCAGACAGAGCUCAAGACCAUGAAACCUUCUCUCAUAUGAUAUCACUUCCAGACAAAUUUAGUGGGGUCUGAGCAUUCUCCCAUCAACCAUGUGUUGGAAAAACAACUUUUUAACCCAUUGCAGUAGCAAAAACUGUCGUUUUUCACAUCUUUUAGGUUUUCAUAACUGUGUAUUUACAGUUCAUUUUUUAUUUACAGUUUGUGCAAUUGUUUUGUAACUCUUUGUAGCAUCUUUAAGGAACUUUUUUUUCAGCUCCACAGCCGCUGUAUAAGGUGAAUGUUAUUAUUUUUUUCUUUAUUUUAUGCAAACAGAAUUUUGAAUAGCUUUCCAGUAAAUAAAUCCCAAAAACUCAGGGGGAUUUUUACAGUAUCAGUGGACAACAGAACUUCUCCCAUUGCACACUGUGAUCACAGUUACUCACACCUGCAGUAGCAGUGGGCCCUAGGGACUUGUGCAAGGUAACAACAGAAUAACUGUACAGGCAGCCCCUCUGAAUCAAAACUGUUCCUUUUGCUAACAGAGUAACUCUUUAUGAACAGUUACUCUGCAAGGAAAUAUCUGUGUGAGAGGGAAGUUGUUGGAAUACUUGGUGUAAUGGGCAUGAAAUUUCUUAGGUUCCUUUCUCCCCGACUAAAAGCUGUAGCAAACCAAUAUGUGAAAGCAGCAGAUCUGCGACGUGAUUGUUGAAACUCUGUGUGGAUCCUCUCUGGUCUGUUCAGAGCAGCUUGAGCCUCCUUUGGGGAGGGGUUGGAGUUGAUACUUAAACCACCUUGGCAUUCUCGCUGCAUCAUUUACAGAGGCAACUUAAGGUCCUCUGACCUGUCUGUUGGAGGCCAUUAAAAGUACACCUCUCAUAAUAAAGCAGAUCAGUCACCUGCUGUGACAGCCAGGGCUUGCAACACUUGAGAGCAGAGAAAUUUGCACCCAAGGCUGUGUGGGGUGGGCAUGUCCCACUGCCGGAGCCGUGGCUGUGGAAACAAACUCCUGCAGCUGUGGUCAGCAGAGGCCAUGGCAGCUGACAGUCAUCUUGCUGUCCAAUACUGCAGCGGGCUGUGUGAGUAACAGUGUAUUUCCUACUCUGGGAUUUAAACUUCUAAAGCAAAUGAGCAGGGGCUAUUGAACCAUUGUCUCUGGUUCAAUGGGCAGUGAAAUGGCAAGACUAUUCUAGAUAUCCUUACAAAAUUUUAUCUGCAACCUAUUGCAAGAUGUUUCUUAUCUAUUUCUAAUAGCUUAAAACCACUUGAUUUGGCAAACAGUUUUUUAAAAACUGAAAUAUAGUGAAAUGUGGUGGUACUGGUAGUAUUUAAGGUCAGUUCUUGCUGUGCACAUUGAAAACUAUAGAUUUGUUGCAGCAACAUGCUGGCAGUAAGUUUGUUUAACACCCAACUGGCAAAUAAGCUAAUCUUUGAUAAAUAGGAACAGAUGGAAGAAGUCCAGAUGAGUAAACAUCUGAAUUUUGACAUGUCCAAACAAAUAGGAGUGGAAAAGACUUUGUGUAUUAUACCAUCUUUAAAUUUCACGCAAGUAGCACAGCAAGGUAAUUGUACAUUGAGAUGUAGUUACCACUGUGAUACACUUGAGAAGAGCUAGCUGGUGGAGUGUAAACCUGAACAGUUAUAUCUGAAUCCUCUGGCCUGCAUUGUAACCACGUGUAAGCCUUACCUCGUUAAUGCUUUCCAUUAAGCUCUGCUGCUGCUUUACUGCUGUUGUUUUGAUUCAAAAGAUAGAGACUUUUGAUGUGUUUGGUAUCUAGGGUACAGGGGAAGCAGCCAGGGAUAUAAGAGCAGGUGAAAAAUGAAGAGAUGGAUGUCAGCUUUUCACUGCAGGAGUGUCGUUAAGCAUACGGAAUCACAAGAUUAAAAGAUACUGAGCCAUAUCCACUCCUGCUGAUUAUUAACUUCUGUAUAAUGACUUUAGAGGUAAUUUGGCCAUUUAUAUUUAAUCUGAUUUGCAUAGAUGGGCAGCUUGAAGUAGGUGGCUGUGAAUGGAAUGCUAUUUCAUGCAAAUCACUUGCCUAAGUAUUGGCCUGGUCUGAUUGAGAGCAGCUGUUAUCUCUUGCAUUUUAGUAGCACCGGAUCAGCAAUAUUAACCAUGCUUAAUUAUAUCUAUAACCACUAAAGCCAAUGAUGGAGCUCAUUCAGAGUUGAGGACAGGUAAGAACUUACAGAACAUUGCAAGUUCUUAGUCUCAAGGGGCCCUUAUAGAUUGUUGGUGUUUUGAUAAAAAAAAAAAAAUGAAAUAAUGUAUUUUGCAGAUUUUAAAAAAUUCUUUUUAAUGUUCUGACUUACCUGUGGAGAACGUUUUGGAACAUAAUAGGAAUCCAAAGCCACUAAACACCAGGGAAAAGGAGAAAAAAAGGCUGGGAAAACAGAGAUGGGUUUUGCCACAUGCCAAUCAGUACAACUGUAUGGUAUUUGAAGAGAUGCUUGCUGCUCUCUUGAUCUGAUGGUAAAUCACUCCAUUUGUAUUUUCCUUACUAAUGUAGCUUCUUCCCUCUUAUUUUGAAACUGUGCUGCAAUAUGCUCUAUUACUAGAAUGCAUUUCUUUGAUGUUACAUUCUGAUGUUUGCUUAUUGCUAAUAAGACUUACUGCCCACAUUCUCAUCCCAAGGCAUUUGUUUUGUAUAUGGGAUAUACCUUGUAAUUUUUGUAGCUCAGGGCAGUGCUGGUUUGCAGCUAAUCAAACCUGCAUUUUUAAAUCUUAUAAUUUGAAUAAGCCACCCCUUACAACAGUCUGUGGUUCCGCACUUUGUAGAAUGUUUUUACUACAUAUCCAACACACUUCAUAGGAUGUUUUUACUAUGUAUACAAUAUAUUUGCUUUCACUAUUACUUUUAAACGUUUGUUGUUACAUGCCAAGGUGAGCUCCUAUUAUCCAAUCCUGCUAUCAGCCCAGGAUCAUUAGAAGCUGUAGGAGAAAGCACGCAAUAAUUCCUAAAGUGUUUUUAUUAAACUUGCUGUCUUGAUGAGAAAAUAAUGACCGUUGGCAGACUACAAAUAAAGUUGGAAAUUUUACCCUGUUCUGUUCCAAUGUGCCCAAAUGGAAAGUGAGCUUAUAAUGGGUCCUUCUUCCCCGUUGCCAUCCUUUCUCACUCCGACUUCUUCCUGCUGUUGUUAUAAGAGCUUUUCCUUCUGCAGAUGUUAGAUAAUAUGAUUUUGUCUGUCUGCUUCUCAUAGAUACUUUUUAUUUUUUUUACUUUCCCGUCAGUACGGUUGUGGUGCGCUAAAACACACCGUGAGCCCUCUACUGGCACGUUCUGCUUUUGCUUUAGGCUGUGGUAGAGGUUUUUCCUUCCCAGCUGUGCUUGCUUGAGCCUAAGGAGGCAGGAGAGCGCCUGUUUAACUACUUUAAUCUUGCUGUCUUUUAAAAAUUUAGUUAAGGUGCGAAGGAGUCCCUGUGUUCAGCGCUGUAACCGUCAGUUUGGUACCUCUGGGGGUGAGCUCACAUCCUCGCUAGGCACGGUGCAGACACGAGUGUUUCCUGCGGAGCUCCUGCAGCAGCGGGUGCGGGAGUGAGGACACGCCGAGACUGCCCCGGCCGCGCUCCCCGGGCAGCCCGGGGCAGGCAGGGCGGCUCGCCGAGCCGGCUGGGCUCUGCGGGCGCUGCCCUGCGCUCCCUGUUCCCCGCCUGGGGUGCCUGGCAGUACGGCUGCGCUGCCAGGGCCAGCGGCUGACGCAGAGCUGCUCCAAAACCUGGAGGUGCCGUCGGGAGCGCCCUGAGUGAGACCCGGGGAAAGAGAGAGCUGCGUUCUGCUGGCAGCAGCCGCUCGGGGUUGGGGUCAUAAAAGCUCCCUAAGCCUCUUAGAAAAGCAUCUGCAAAGGGGCAGAUUGGUAGCCCUGUUUUGGCACGACACCCGCCUGUGAUUUUAACACUUUCCUUCCUGGCACGCUCCAGUCAAGCCUUUGCAAAGAUUUGCCAGACUGUGUCCUUCCUCACUGGGCAGGUGCAAUCCAAACCAGUUCAAUGCAGGCUCUGGGAUUUCUUCAGCACACUCACGGAGUAUACAUGCUAUAAAUGCCUACAGUACAGAGGAAUCCAGCUACUUCUAAUGGGAUGCAUUUGCAGAGAGGAAGAAUUCCUCAUUUAAGAUGGGUAAUAAGCAAACGAUAUUUACUGAUGAACAGCUAGAUGCCUACCAGGAUUGCACGUUCUUCACUCGGAAGGAAAUCCUUCGGUUGCACGGCCGAUACCAUGAAAUGGCACCAAAUGUUGUGCCCAUGGACUAUACAAAGGACCCAGACGUUAAACUACCUAUGCAGCUUAUAAUAAACAUGCCUGAGCUGAAGGAGAAUCCCUUCAAAGAAAGGAUUGUGGAGUCUUUCUCAGAAGAUGGAGAGGGGAGCCUGAGCUUCAAUGACUUUGUGGAUAUGUUCUCUGUGCUCAGUGAAAUGGCUCCCCGAGAGCUGAAAGCAAUCUAUGCCUUUAAGAUUUAUGAUAACUUCAUUUGUAAAGCAGACUUGGAAAAAACCCUCAAUAAGCUGACCCGGGAAGAGCUGACAGCAGAGGAAAUCACUCUGGUUUGUGAGAAGGUGAUAGAAGAAGCUGACAUGGAUGGUGAUGGGAAACUAGGAUUUGCAGAUUUUGAAAACAUGAUUUCCAAGGCACCAGACUUUCUCAGGAAAUUGUUUUAUAAAUCAUCCUGGAAGUUUCAGCUGAUUUGAAUGCCUGAGGGUGAAGCGUGAUGUAACAAUAGUACUUUCCACAUAAGAAUCUGAAGACGUUUCUGCCAGUCCAACCUUUCUGAAUCUCAGGCACUCCAGGGAUCUAGGAAGCCCUCUAAGGAGGGCUUCCUAGAACUCAGCAGAAAGUACUGAAAGAAUUCUGGUCCACAAAGAGACAGAAGCAUCAUGUGAUCUACAGGAUAUUUGGAACAGACACAUUUUUAUCUUCUCUGCUGGCCAAGCACUCUGGCGAAGAUGGUUGGUUGUUGGAUUGUGGUAUUUCUUUUUUCCCCCCUUUUUUUCAACAGUCAGAAUCAGAAUAUUAUUAAAGGUAUUUCCACAGAGUUUUUAUAUUUUGAAUAUUUAAUACUGUUCUUAAUAGUGAAAAAAACCCCAAACCAAAAAACUGAGAGAUUAGCUUUGGUGUGUUUUCCAAGAGUAUUUGAAAGAAAGCACGGGCCUUAAAUAAGGAGAUGCCUCUAUCACUGUGUUGUACAGCUGGGAUCUUGCAUGGAAAAUACCUGAGGUGAAAGAACUGCAGUCAAGAUCAAGCUCCCAGUGUUGAAGACAGCCACAGCCCAGGUUUGCCUUUCAACCACUAAAGUGGCAACUGCUGGGUUUGGUGCUUACCUUCAACCAAUAUUUUAUGGAUUGUUGUGUCCUUAUAAACUUGAAAUAUUUGCCUUUUGUAUAUGAUAACUGUGUUAAUUCCUUCCCAAGAUAAAUGUUAAAACUGUGUCCUUAUUCUCAAAGGGGCUCCUGCAUUUUACUCAUUCUAUGGGCAGAUGCUGUUCUUGAAUGGAGGAACAUGGUCAUCUGUAACUCAUGAAGAAGUUGAAGAAGCACAGAACUACUAUUAAGGACAUGAAAAUAUAUUUUCUUUUGAAACAAGCUAUGCAAUCUCUCCCAUAAAAUGCAUGAAUGCAGUUAUAUCUUUUUCUUUCCUCUGCAGCUGGAAAUCAGCUAGAUCUCUUUUUUCUUUUUCCUUCUUCUUCUUUUUUUUUUUUUUUUUUUUUUUUUUUUUUAAUAAUUUUUACCUCCAGUAUUGUUUAGGUACUGGGACCUGAAGACAAUCUUAUAUGUAUUAAUUAUUGUACUAACAGUCAAUAGAAGGGCUCUGUCACUUACAUGGCUUCUGUAUCAAGGUCAUCCCAAUUAAAACUUUUGAAGCAUUCUGUUGUGCUUUGAGACUCUUUAGGCUGACCACAUACUAAUUUCCUUUCUGAUCAUUAUUCCAAUUACUAUAAAGUUAAAUCUUUCAAAGAAUGAAAUGUGUUACAUAGAAAACUGUUAAGUAGAGAACCUAACCUGUUUAUAAUUUCUGUAGGGAUGGUGAUGCCUGUCUACCUCAGAAACUCUUCUGUGUGGGGAGCUUGCAGGGUAGCUUUGCUGUUCAGAUUUACACACUACGAAUAAAGAAGAAAUAUUUCUCUAGCA